UCAGCCGCCAUUGACUGAACGGGCUCGCACUUCCUUGCAGAGGGAUGGCUGUGCUUCGGGAGGGCCCCGUAGCCCCACAGCUCACGCUGCUCUGGUAGCGGCUGGCAAGCGGGCGCGAUUCGGGCCCGGGGGUGCACAGGUGCGGCCCACGCCUCCCUCAGCGCCUCAGCGCCUGCCGGGCGGGACCCGGGACGGUUUGAAAUUACAAUGGAAGCAAGCAAGCAGAUUCGAGUGUCUCGGCCAUACAAAAUCAGCGAAUCUUCAAAGGUGUACCACUGGGCUGACCAUUCCACCACAGUGCUGCAGCGGCUGAAUGAGCAGCGGCUACAUGGCCUCUUCUGUGACGUGGUCCUUGUGGUCGAAGAGCAGCAAGUGCCUGCCCACCGCAACCUUCUAGCUGUGUGUAGCGACUACUUCAACUCCAUGUUCACGCUGGGCAUGCGUGAGGCUUUCCAGAAGGAGGUAGAGCUGGUUGGUACCUCCUAUGUGGGGCUCAAGGCUGUGGUGGACUUCCUCUACAGCAGUGAGCUGGAGCUAGACGGCAACAACAUUGACUACAUCCUGGAAACAGCGCACCUGCUGCAGAUCUGGACAGUGGUGGACUUCUGCUGCGAGUACCUGGAGCAGGAGGUGAGUGAGGACAACUACCUAUACCUGCAGGAGCUGGCCUCCAUCUACAGCCUCAAGCGGCUGGAUGCCUUCAUCGACAGAUUUGUUCUGAACCACUUCAGCACACUGUCCUUCACACCUGACUUCCUGCAGACCGUCUCUGUGCAGAAGCUGUGCGUCUACCUGAGCAGUGGCCAGAUACAGCACAAGUGGGAGUAUGACCUGCUGCAGGCGGCUCUGCAGUGGCUCACUCAGCAGCCAGAGCGUGAGGUGCAUAUCUGCCGUGUGCUCGAAAACAUCCGCUUUCCCCUCUUCCCUGAGGACAUCCUGCUCCAGCGUGUGAAGCUGGCCAUGUGCUCACUGUUGCCCAGUGAGGCCAACUGCGAGGGCUUCUUGGAAGAGGCCUUACACUACCAUAACAGCCUGGUGGCACAGCCUGUCCUGCAGACGAAGCGAACAGUGCUGCGCUCUGAGGAGUGCUUGCUCUUCGUGGGCGGUGAGGUCUCCGAGCGGUGUCUGGAGCUGAGCGAUGACACCUGCUACCUAGACACCAAGAGUGAACAGUGGGUGAAAGAGACAUCCCUGCCAGCCCGCCGGAGCCACCACUGCGUUGCUGUGCUGGGGGGCUUCAUCUUCAUUGCUGGUGGCAGCUUCUCAAGAGACAACGGAGGGGAUGCAGCCUCCAACCUUCUUUAUAGGUAUGACCCCCGCCGUAAACAGUGGAUUAAGGUGGCAUCCAUGAACCAGCGCCGUGUGGAUUUCUACCUGGCCUCCAUUGAAGACAUGCUGGUGGCUGUUGGUGGCCGGAACGAGAAUGGAGCCCUGUCUUCUGUAGAGACCUACAGCCCCAAGACCAACUCCUGGACUUAUGUGGCUGGCUUGCCAAGGUUCACCUAUGGCCAUGCAGGCACCAUCUACAAAGACUUCGUGUACAUCUCGGGGGGCCAUGACUACCAGAUUGGCCCGUACCGCAAGAACCUGCUGUGCUAUGACCACCGGACGGAUGUGUGGGAGGAGAAACGGCCCAUGACUACAGCACGAGGCUGGCACAGCAUGUGCAGCCUGGGUGACAGCAUCUAUUCCAUUGGGGGCAGUGAUGACCACAUGGAGUCCAUGGAGCGCUUUGAUGUGCUGGGUGUGGAGGCCUACAGCCCACAGUGCAAUCAGUGGACUCGUGUGGCACCACUGCUGCAAGCCAACAGUGAGUCGGGCGUGGCUGUGUGGCAGGGUCGAAUCUACAUCCUGGGUGGCUACAGCUGGGAGAGCACGGCCUUCUCCAGGGCCGUGCAGGUGUAUGACCAUGAAGCCGACAGGUGGAGCAGGGGUCCGGACCUUCCUAAUGCCAUUGCAGGCGUGUCAGCCUGUGUGUGUGCCCUCAACCCAAGGCUGGAAGAAAAGAAGAAGAGAAGCAAGGACAAGCGCCAGGACCGAGGUCAGUGACACCAAGUCUCUGGCAGAGCAGCCACAUGCACGGCAGUUACUCCCUAGCAGCUUUUUGUACUUUUUUGAUUCCUAGUAUUUUUAUGCUAUCAUGGUAAAUAAUUAAAUACUUUUCACAACUUUACAUAUUAUCUUGUUUGAAUACUUACACUUGGGCCCUCAUAUCUGUAUAGUCCUUCUUCCUGGGCCACACACCCCUGAAAGUUCCUGUGACUGUUCCAACAGUAGCUGGCUCACAGGUUAUAUGGAAAAUUUUGUAGUGAAGUUAGUAUCUCUAAGGUUUGGGCCUCCCCAAACUUAGCUGAAGCUUUUGCACAGACACCCAAGUCGUGCUGAAAGGCUGGGGGAGGCCUGUCCAGAGGACUUAAGUUCUGAGAGUCAGCUGCAUUCUGCAUUCGGUUGUCUCAGGCAAGGGGACGCAUGUCUGUUCUGCAUUUAAGACAUGGGGACUCCAAGCUCCCUGACAGGCAGGCCCCCAGGACUCUUGAUUUUCUUGCUGAAGGUUCCGUAGCAGCCGAUUCUUUUCCUGAAUAGAGUCAUCUCUCCUGGCUGGUAAUCUUUGUGAGUUCUAUGCAUGUCAUUAAGAAAGAAGGGUAGAGAAAAUGGUGCAAUGGUGUUUCUGUACAGUAUUCUAUGGUGUGAGCUGCCCACCUCUUGUCACUGCUAUAGUGAGCUCCCCAAAUCUACCAUCUGUUUUCUCAGAAAUGAAAACGCAAUCCUGUACCACUUUCAAUCAUUUCUCUGGACUGGUGCAGCCAUUGAGAGCACUGUACAAAUGAGUGCGCUGGUCACCAAGAAGGUGGCUGAGUUCCUUCCCCAGCUCUAGCAACUGUCCUUGGCUGCUGACAAGUGGUUUUACCAUGCUGGGAAGAUUCUCUUUCUCAAUUUCUUUGCUUCUUUCUUUGAAACAGGGUCAUACACUGUAGCCCAAGCUAUCAUCAAACUCACGGUGAUCCUCCUGCCUCAGCCUUCUGAAUGCUGGGAACACAGGCACAGCCACCAUACUCAGUUAGACUCUUUGGUGCUUUCAUCUGUCAUACCUCAUUUCUUACUGGACAGCGUCAGGGUAAUGCCUCUCCAGCCCCACAGGAGAUGGUUCCUUCUCUUGGUCUCAGUGACACAUCAAUGUCUGCCUGCUGCCUUGUGAUGAUUUCCAAGAAAUGCCAUUCUGGGAGCACUAGACUCUCAAGUCCAGGCAGAUGUUAGUGAUCUGUACCUCUGGUUAGAAAGACACUGUUAACACUUCAUCAGGAGCAAAACCUCAGCUCACUCAUUUGAUUUUUUUUUUUUUUUUGAGACAAGGGUUUCUUGUAGCCUAAGCUGUCCUUAAACACUUGAUUCUCCUGCCUCUACAUCCCAAGCUGGGGUCUUAAGGAUUUGGUACUGUGGUGGCUAGAAAUAAAUUGGCCCCCAAAGGAAGUGGCAUUAUUAGAUGUGUUCUUGUUGGAGGAAGUGUGUCAUUGUGGAGGUGGGCUUUGAGGGUUCUUAUAUACUCAAGAUAAGACCCAGUGUCUCAGAUCACUUCCUGUUGCCUGUGCAAGAUGUAGAACUCUCAGCUACCUCUCCAGCACCAUGUAUUCCUGCACGCUGCCAUGUCCCACAAUAAUGAUAAUGGACAGAAUCUCUUCACUGUAAGCCACCAACUCAAUUAAAUGUUUUCCUUUAUAAGAGUUGCCAUGGUCAUGGCAUCUCUUCACAGCAAUAGAAACCCUAAAACGCUACCAUGCCCAGAUUAUCAGUUCACUUUUUCUCUUCUGCACUUCCUUCUCUCUAAACCUGGAGUUCACUGUGGUUCUGGUCAGUCUGCCUCUGCAUUAGGCUGGGAGAGGGGAGACUGGCCUGAGGACUGAAGGCUUCAGAGUCACUCUAUCGCUCUCAUAUAAGCAAUCUGCAUAUCUAGUCAGUUACUGUGUGCAGAAGUCCCUAAGGACUCAGACAGUUGAAAGCUUCUGCAAGGCAUGCAGACAAAUGACCAGGGAGCUAUGUGCCCUUCUGUGUAUUACAGGCUCUGAGAAGUCCUACACUAACUGUUUACUUCUAUCAUUCCACCAAUUCCAAACUUUGGCUUUGAAACUCCACCUUUUCCCCUCCCCAAUACUGCCUUCUGCUCAGAAAAGGUUGGGGGCAUGGUGGGAUCAGUGGAAAGGCCUGGAGCCCAGCAGCAAUCCCUGCUCCAGGUUUUUGUUAACUGGGGCUUUAAUUGGAAUUUUUAUGCAAGAAUAAAAGGAAACAGGUCCCCAAUAGGACAGAAGCUUCCAGCUAACCCUGAGCAGGUGACUGUUGGAAUAAUCAUGUCAGGCUUUGAAUCAGACUUUGCAUCUUUUCCUAUAUAGUUUUACUUUGUAUGUGUUGUAGGUUUUUUGGAACCCUGUUUGAGUAAGGCAGAAAUGCAGUAAGAGAUGGAAGGAGAGCUGGAAGCUCAGGGGCCUUUGUCUGCCUGGUCCUCUUGGUGUUUGUAGAGCAGCCAGCUGCUGAGGCACAUGCCUGCCACCAGACACUGGAGAGGCUGAGAUCAGAGGAACUCCUAAGCCAAGGAGACCCAGACCAGUUUAGGCAACACAGUAAGACCCUAAGUUGCCCCCAUUCCCAAAUAUACAUGGAUGUCUGGCACAGUUUAUCCUAUUUCAUAUACAAUAGACCCCUGGUUAGGUGGGGCUCCCUGUUCUGGGCCGUGUGAAUGUUCCUUCCUGUCACUAAUUGUAAGGUGACCUGGACAGCCUUAGAUGAGGCCCUAGCAGUUAACUCAGGUGACGUUUUAGGCCUCUAGCUGAACAAGAAUCUCUACUCCAACAACAAUGUCCUGUGUGCAAGUUUGGAUGUACUGACCUAUGUCUAAGUAUGUAAGCCCAGAGAAACCUUCUAGUGCUGAAAGUAAAAGGUGUCUGUCACCCCUUCCAUCCUCUUAGAGAGUCACCAAUUGUCCUUCCUUACCCUGGUCCCCAUGGUGUGGUGUUGGGCUGUACCCUUAGCCUGGGGUGUCUUUUUAAAAAUCUUUUAAAAACUGUUUUGAUACAUUUUCAUACAAUUUGCUAAUCACCAUUUUAUAGAAUGCCUGCUGGGGUUCCCCAGCUCUUCCCUUACCUCCAGCACCUUAGUUUGUCUAGAUGCCCUGUUGUCUUUGUGUGCCCUGCUUUAUAUGGCUUUGUCUUUCAUCUCACCCUUCUACGUACCCAAUCCAACACAACUCAAGUUUUGUGAGUUUAGAUGGGUAGAACAAUCAGAGGCCCCUGAACCUCUGAUUGAACCAGAGAGCACUGCUGUACCAGGAAGGCAGUUCAUGCCCUUCAGAGGAUCUGUAUUUCUGUUGGAGCUCCUGCUCAGUGGAGUGCAGAGUAGGAGAGUUACCUGAAGCUGAUCCACAUGUGUACUCUGUUUCAGACUGAUCAUUUCUCUAACACAUGUAUGGCUGGGGUUCUGAUCUCUUCCUGUCUACCCCAAUCAGUAAAAAACACCUAACUGUACCUCCAUUAAUACAGCACGCCAUCCCCGUUCUUUGACCUCUGACUUCAGGUGGAUGGGGAGUAUGUGUGUGUGUGGUGUGUGUGGUGUGUGUGGUGUGAUGUGAAUAGAAUUGGUGGCUUCUAAGGAGAGCCGAGUGCCUUAACAAGCUGUGUCUCAGUUAACAGCAUGGAAUGGAUGAGGCUGGGACUCCAGCUCAGUUGGUAAAGUGCUUGCCUAGCAUUCAGGAAGCCCAUGGCCUCCAUCCCGAGCACCACGUAAACUGAGCAUGGUGGCCCAAACCUGUAAUCUCAGCAUUUGGGAGGCGGACACAGGAGGAUCAGAAGUUCAAGGUCACCUUUGACUACACAGUAAGUUUGAGGCCAGCCCUGGCUACAGGAGACCCUGUCUCAAAUUAAUUAAUGACAUAAUAAUAAAUUAAUAGUAAAAAUAAAAGCAUUGGAUGAACAUAAUGUGAACCUGUGUUGACCCAAGAAGAAAGGUCUUUAGGUUUGAUAUUAAAUUGCCCCAGUCAAAAUCAGUAAAGUUUUAUGGUGAUGGAUGCAUUUGGUGCCUUCUGGCUCCUAAUAUCACACAGAUCUGUAACUGUAUAUGCUUUUAAUUCAAAGCUUUUGUGUCUAAUUUUUUGCCCUUCAAAGUUUUCCUGUCUUGCCUCCUUAGUUAACUUUCUGCAUGUUGCAUUUGUUUUGACUUCCUUACGGAGCUCUCAGUUCCUAAAAUACAAAAUUAAAACAACUUUCUUGCCGGGG